AUGGAUACACCUAGAAAAUUCCGUAUCAAAUCACCAUGUUCAAGUGCUAAUAUCGGUCCCGGUUUUGAUGUUUUGGGCAUCUCUCUCUCAUUAUAUCUUACCAUUGAUGUCGAAAUCUUAAAGGAAGGUAAAGCUUUUGAAAUGACCUAUUCCGGAGAAGGCGCCAAGGAUGUUCCACUUACUCCAGAGCACAACUUGAUCACCAAGACCGCUCUCUAUGUCCUCUCUGCAAACGGUAUCUCUCAAUUGCCUCAACCCCUGAAAAUCCAUGUUGACAAUCCCAUCCCUCUUGGUCGUGGUCUCGGUUCUUCUGGUGCUGCUGUUGUAAGUGGUGUCUUGUUGGGUAAUGCUCUCGGCCAAUUGAACCUCUCAAGAGAUAGAUUAUUGGACUAUUGUUUAAUGAUCGAGCGUCACCCUGAUAAUGUCGCUGCUGCCUUGAUUGGUGGUUUCGUUGCAUCUUACUUGCGUGAGUUGGAUCCUAGUGCUAUGAAGGGUGUACCUGCUUCUGAAUCAUUGCUGGAAAUUGCUUUGUCUCAACAGGUGCCUCAACCUCCUCUUGGCAUUGGUCACUAUGUUAAUUUAGGCUGGGCAAAGGAAAUCAAGUGUAUUGCAAUUGUACCUCAAUUUGAAGUGGCUACAGCAAAGGCUAGAGCUGUGCUCCCUACCUCUUAUGAAAGACAGGAUGUUGUCUUUAACUUUCAAAGAUUAGCUGUAUUGACCACAGCAUUGAGUCAAUCACCCCCUAAUCCCGAGUUGAUUUACAAUGCCAUGCAAGAUAAAAUUCAUCAACCAUACCGCAAAACUUUAAUCCCUGGCCUUCCUGAAGUUUUAUCCAACAUCACAUAUCAGAAAUAUGACGGCCUUCUAGGUAUUUGUCUCUCUGGUGCUGGUCCCACCAUUUUAGCUUUGGCUACAAAGAACUUUGAUGAGAUUGCUGAGGCUGUCAUCGCCAUGUUUAAGCAACAUGGUGAUUUCGAGUGUUUCUACAAGAUUUUAGAUGUUGUUACUGAUGGUUCUACUUGUGUCGAUUUAUAA